GCGCAGGUAACAUUUCGUGAAAAGGUAUAUAUAAGAUGCAGGCAUGUGUUACUAUGUUACCUGGAAUGUAAGUUCCUGAAGGGAUUGGGUAUUUUGAUUUUGAAGUCUAAGCAUUUGUAAAGGCCUUUUCACAAGUGGAAAAAAAGUAACCUGAUUUAAUACACAUUAAGGAAUCCUAUGAUUUUUUGUUUGUUUCACAAAGUUACAGCUUACCAAAAAUGGAUUUUUAUGUGCUGGUGAGAUCGCGGUACCAUCAGGUUAUAGGUCACGUUCAAUGGAAUUUCAUAAUGUUUUUAUUUGGGGAAUGCAGUCAAAAACGAAGUCCCUAAAAGUAACUUAUUCAUAAUUAUUGAGGUCACCUUGUAGAGCCCCCUGUUCCUGCAGGUCUCAUGGAGUUACUAGGCUGUGGGAAAACAAAGUGGCAGCAUUAGUGUACAGAGUAGCUAGUAUGCUUUGUGCACAAUUGCAAGGGGGCGUUCUCGGGCUGGCCCAUAGACAAGUAUGUAUUGGAAAGUGCCAGACGAAAUGGUUGAAAACUCCUUUGCUACAGGACGUUAAAAAGAAAAGAGCAGGUAUAGUGGCUGUUCAGAGUUUCUCUGGGAAGAGGGCAUCCAAUGUGCUAGGCUUAGCUUAGGGGAACUUUACGUAAAUUGGCAUAGAGGCAGUAACUUAAAAUGUGUCGUAACAUUAAUUUCAAAACCUUAAGGAAUAUUUCUAUUUUAGACCAUCCCUGCAGUUGAGGUUAAUGUUGGUUUCUCCAAUGAUGGCCUGGUUUCUAAAAGACAAGUAUUCCUUCCACGAUAGGCCCUUAUUAUUACACCCAACUCAGGCUCUAAAAUGUAGACCUGGUGUCUUGUUGGGCCGACACAUUGGCUUUACAUCUGGCCGCCUUCGCUUGCGUGUAGCCGUCAGGAUGUGAAAGGUAUGAGUUUUUGACUUGAUGGAUUUGGGGGACCUUUUGGGCUUUAGAGGAUUCCUGGACAAUUGUGUUCCUUAAUUGAUUUGGUAAUCUUUACUGCUUUAUAACAAUUAGUUUCACAGUUUUACUUGGUCCCAGAAACAGUUUUGGUUUUUCUACCUUUUUUGUUAGAUUUUUGCUAUGAACCCUUCCUGGCAAUUGCAAGAACGGAAUUCUGUUGCAAAGGGUGAAGACUUUAAAGAUUGCCUGAAGACUUGAAACAAGUUCUUUAGGAGAUGAAUGCAUAGCCUUUCCAAUUAUUUCAAGAGGACAACAUCUUGCUUUGCAAAGUCUGUCCACGCCCAGCAGUGAUCAUUCCCUUUUGAAUAUAUGGCUGUGUUCAUUGAAGACUCACAGGUUUGCUUUUUAACAGGUCUGAAGGAGAGGACUGCAGCUUUGUGAUGAGAACAGUCGAGAGGACUUUUUUUUAAAAAGUGGAGAGUGUGUGCCAUCUUGGUUAGUUGGUGACACUGUACUUAGAUACUACUCAGGGAAGGGAAAUCUAAAUGUGUAUAGAUUGUUUGCAGUGCUGAGGAUAAAGUAUAUAGAAACGGGAAAAUGCUUCCUUGCUAGGAAUGUACCCUGCUGGGAAGAAAUUUGUGUUCCUUUCAGGUUGAUGGUUAUUACACAGAGUUGGUUUUCACUAUCUGCUAUCCACUGGAUGUUGAAUGUGAACGUCAGUUUCCCUAAGAAUUACAGUUUCAUUAAGCACCAUCAGUCUGGAACUUUGUUUCCCUGUAGUUUUGCCCGGCCUGGGUUUAUUAGGAAAGUUGGUUGAAUUCUAGUUCUAAACUUCAUGAGGCAGUGAAAUCUCAGCUAACUUGGAAAGUAAUUUCAAGUUCUUCGACAUAGUUUAGCUUUCUGGCUGUAGGAGGGGAUAAAUGAUCCUCAAGAUGGUAAAUAAACCAUCCUUCUGCAGGGGAAGCUUUGGCUAGUUUGAAAAAACCCAUUCAUGGUUUCCCUAAAACCUAUGACCUGCAGUCAGAAGCUGAUAGUCUUACAUCUAAAUUAUGGUUAACAUUCAGCUCAGGGCAGUUUGAUAAUAACCUCCACUUAAAAGAGCCUACUAUGUGCUGGGCUAGCCUACUACUCUAAUAUGUAUGUACAUGAACGUCCUGGCCUGCCUCUGGUUAUGAAGUGUAGGCAUCUCCUCCACUGAACCAAGUUACCUUUGUAUUUGUUGAUGCUGCUUAGUUGAUUUCCCGUUGCAGGGGAACCUACUUUCUCCAAUCUGAGGGAGGUGGUCAGAGCAAAGUGGAACUGACAUGGUUUUCUCAGUAAAAGCACGUAGGGCACCUAUUCCAAAUCAGCAAAUGAGCCACCUUCAAUAUUUGACCCUUAUCUUCUGACCCCUUAGACAUGGCUCUUCAGCGAAGCCAUGACACAAGGCGUUGGUGAGCACUGGCUGCCGAGAAGUGGCUAGACAGCCCUAGACGAGGCAGUGAAGACCAAGGACCCCAUACACAGGCAAAAUCCAUUGCCAGGACAGCUAGUGCUGGCUGGUUACCUAACUGAGAUAGUGGCUAUUUCUCAGGGUGUAUCUUCUCUUCAGAUGGGGCUCUUUAUAACAGCGGUGGAACAGUGAGUGGCUCUGGCCUACCCGAAAGCUCCAAUCGGUUCAAGUGCUGGGGGCCUGGGAGACAUUUUGGUUGGUUUGUAAUUUAGCAUAACUUGGGUGAGGGUUUACUUUUUUCAGACGCGGGUACGUUCUUCUAGUGACUAGACAGGGCCAAGACUUUGUGGGGGCGACGGGUUUGGGAUUAGCCAUUUUCACACCAAUGUCAUCCGAGAUGGAGAGAAAUUUAGGGACGGCGCCAGGUGGUGGUGGGGUUCCAAGGAAGAGAAGGCAGACCUACCUGGAGUGGGCCCGCCACACAGGUAGCGCCCUGCGGCCGGCAGGCGGCGCUGUCCCCACUCGGACCCGCUCCUCAGCGCGCGCGGCGGGGCAACCAGAGAUCCCCAGCCCGGGAGAUGUCCCUCCCUGCUUUUCUGUUUAGGGGCGGCGGUCAGCGCCGUACACGGCGGGAACUGCGGCCUCCGAAGGGGUGCUGGGUCCCAAAUCCCGCGGGACGUCGGAUCCAGGGGGAGGCGCUGUGGCCUCGGGUUCAAGAGUGGGGUCCGGAGCGCCGAUCUGGCAUGGCCGAGAGGCGGCGCUGAUCCCAGGUCCCCGGUGGGCCAGCGGACCUCGGGAGGGGGCGCAGGAUCCCGCGGUUCCGGCGCCGCUUCCCGGGAAGUUUCAAGUUUGAAAGUCUUGGCGGAGGGGCCGCGGCUUCCGGAACCGGAGUGGUGGAGAGAAGGGGCCGAGCGGCGGGAGCGGCGCCAUGGAGGAGGGGGCGCCGCGGCAGCCUGGGCCGGGCCAGCAGCCCCCCAAGGAUGAGAAAGAGGUGAUCCGUCGGGCCAUCCAGAAGGAGCUGAAAAUCAAGGAGGGUGUGGAGAACCUGCGGCGGGUGGCCACAGACCGCCGCCACCUGGGCCACGUGCAGCAGCUGCUACGCUCCUCCAACCGCCGUCUGGAGCAGCUGCAUGGGGAGCUGCAGGAGCUGCACGCCCGCAUCCUGCUGCCCGGGCCGGGGCCUGGCCCAGCUGAACCUGAGGCCACAGGACCCCGGCCUCCAGCAGAACAGCCAAGGGCCCGGCACCUGGAGGCUCUACAGAGGCAGCUGCAGGUGGAGCUAAAAAUAAAGCAGGGGGCUGAGAACAUGACCCACACUUAUGCCAGUGGCACCCCCAAGGGAAGGAAGCUCCUGGCAGCUGCCCAGCAGAUGCUGCGGGACAGCCAGCUGAAGGUGGCCUUGCUGCGAAUGAAGAUCAGCAGCCUGGAGGCCAGUGGGUCCCCCGAGCCAGGCCCUGAGCUGCUGGCAGAGGAGCUGAGGCACCGACUGCACAUUGAGGCUGCUGUGGCCGAGGGUGCCAAGAACGUGGUGAAGCUGCUGGGUAGCCGGCGAACACAGGACCGCAAGGCGCUAGCCGAGGCUCAGGCCCAGCUCCAGGAGUCCUCCCAGAAGCUGGACCUCCUGCGGCUGGCCUUGGAGCGGCUGCUGGAGGGUCUGCCUCCUGCCCACCCGCUGCGCGGCAGAGUGGCCCGGGAGCUGCGGACUGCUGUGUCUGGGAACCCCCAGCCUUCAGGGACACUUGUGAAGCCCACCACCAUGACAGGGACGCUACAGGUCCGCCUCCUGGGCUGUGAGCAGCUGCUGACAGCUGUGCCCGGCCGUUCUCCCAUGGCCACGCUGGCCGGGAGCCCCUCUCAGGGCUGGCUUCGGGGCAAGGCCAGGCAGCAGCGUGGUGGAAGCGAGCUGGCCAGCGAGGUGCUGGCUGUGCUGAAGGUGGACAAUCGCAUCGUGGGUCAGACGGGCUGGGGGCCAGUGGCCAAGCAGUCCUGGGAUCAGGCCUUUGUCGUCCCCCUGGAGAGGGCCCGGGAGCUGGAGAUCGGGGUGCGUUGGCGGGACUGGCGGCAGCUGUGCGGCGUGGCCUUCCUGCGGCUGGAGGACUUCCUGGACAAUGCUUGUCAUCAGCUCUCCCUCAGCCUGGUGCCACAGGGCCUGCUCUUCGCCCAGGUGACCUUCUGUGACCCUGUCAUUGAGAGAAGGCCCCGGCUGCAGAGGCAGAAACGCAUUUUUUCUAAACGCAGAGGUCAGGACUUCCUGAGGGCUUCCCAGAUGAACCUCAGCAUGGCGGCCUGGGGGCGCUUAGUCAUGAACCUGCUGCCCCCUUGCAGCUCCCCAAGCACGAUCAGCCCCCCUAAAGGGUGCCCCCAGACCCCGGCCACACCCCGGGGGGCCACCAACCCUGCGUCGCCCAGUAAUUUCCCCCCCAAGAAGACCACCUUGGGAGACGAGAUGAGGCCUCCACCCAAGCCCCCACGCCUCUACCUACUCCAGGAGCCAACCCCUGAGGAGAUGCCGCGUUCCAAACGCCCCCACAUGGAGCUCAGGACUCGACUCGGGUCGUCUUUACCAGCCUCAGCCACCAGGAAGACCCCCCGGCUUCAGGACUUUCGCUGCUUGGCUGUGCUGGGCCGGGGACACUUCGGGAAGGUCCUUCUGGUUCAGUUCAAGGGGACGGGGAAAUACUACGCCAUCAAAGCGCUGAAGAAGCAGGAGGUGCUGAGUCGGGACGAGAUAGAGAGCCUGUACUGCGAGAAGCGGAUCCUGGAGGCUGUGGGCUGCACGGGGCACCCUUUCCUGCUCUCCCUCCUCGCCUGCUUCCAGACCUCCAGCCACGCCUGCUUCGUGACUGAGUUUGCACCGGGUGGCGACCUCAUGAUGCAGAUCCAUGAGGACGUCUUCCCCGAGCCCCAGGCCCGCAUGAAACAUCCCAGUCUCCCACCCACAUCUGACUCUGGCUGGGACAUCUGGGGUCCCAAGGCCAUGGCCAUCCUGGUACCUCCCUGCCCUCCCCCUGCUCUCCUGGGUCCAAACUCCCCUCUACGCCACCCCUCCAGGUUCUACCUGGCCUGUGUGGUCCUGGGGCUGCAGUUCUUACACGAGAAGAAGAUCAUUUACAGGGACCUUAAGUUGGAUAAUCUUCUGCUCGACGCCCAAGGUUUCGUGAAGAUUGCGGACUUUGGGCUGUGUAAGGAAGGGAUCGGCUUUGGGGACCGGACAAGCACCUUUUGCGGCACCCCGGAGUUCCUGGCCCCCGAGGUGCUGACCCAGGAGGCCUACACACGGGCCGUGGACUGGUGGGGGCUGGGUGUGCUGCUGUAUGAGAUGCUGGUGGGUGAGUGCCCGUUCCCAGGGGAUACUGAGGAGGAGGUGUUUGAGUGCAUCGUCAAUGCGGAUGCCCCAUAUCCUCGUUUUCUGUCGGUGCAAGGCCUCGAGCUCCUUCAGAAGCUCCUCCAGAAGUGCCCGGAGAAGCGCCUGGGGGCUGGUGAGCAGGACGCCGAGGAGAUAAAGACGCAGCCUUUCUUCAGGACCACCGACUGGCAGGCCCUGCUCGCCCGUGCUGUCCGGCCUCCCUUUGCGCCCACCCUCUGUGGCCCUACGGACCUGCGCUACUUCGAGGGCGAGUUCACGGGGUUGCCGCCUGCCCUGACCCCGCCUGACCCCCGCAGCCCCCUCACUGCCCGCCAGCAGGCUGCCUUCCGCCACUUCGACUUUGUGUCAGAGCAAUUCUUGGAGCCCUGAGGGCUUCUCCUGGGGUCCCUGUCCCCUGCCUCCCCAGACCGUUAGAGCCUCACUCGCCCACCUGAUGCCGGCUGUGCAUCCUGCCCUGGAGGUGCAGGCCUUGCUUGGCAUCUACCAGCCCCUGGGACCCGAGGCGGUGGCCAUGGGGCUGCUGUCGAGGGCUUGGCUCAGUCACACCCACCGAGUGACUCCUAUCCAGACCUGCACCAGAAAGGGUGGCACAGCGAGGAGUGGUCUGUUUUGUUUUUUAAUACUUGACUUGCUUUAUGGAUUAUUAAAUAUAUAAAACUGUG